CAGUUCAUCUAAACACAAUAGAAACAGCGAACAUGCGUUUGUUCCUGGAAGGAAAGUAUGGCAGGUCCGUCUUCAGUCGCUGGUGAUGUUUUUGUUGAUGCUCUGCCGUAUUUCGACCAGGGAUAUGAUGCUGCAGGGGUCAGAGAAGCAGCAGCUGCUUUGGUCGAGGAGGAGACAAGACGAUACAGACCAACCAAGAACUACCUGAGUUACAUGCCCACACCUGAUUUCUCAGCCUUUGAGACUGAUAUCAUGAGGAAUGAGUUUGAGAGACUUGCUGCUCGUCAGCCCAUAGAGCUGCUCAGUAUGAAGAGGUAUGAACUGCCUGCUCCAUCAUCUGGGCAGAAGAAUGACAUGACGGCCUGGCAGGACUGCGUUAAUAACUCUAUGGCCCAGCUUGAGCACCAGGCAGUGCGUAUUGAGAACCUUGAACUUAUGGCCCAGUAUGGGACUAAUGCAUGGAAGGUGUCAAACGAUAAUUUGGCCUUAAUGAUUGAAAAUGCACAAAAGGAACUGCAGAAGGUUAGAAAACAGAUACAGGACCUGAACUGGCAGCGCAAAAACGAUCAGCUAGCUGGAGGAGCCAAACUUCGAGAACUGGAGUCAAACUGGGUGUCCCUCGUUAGUAAGAACUAUGAGAUUGAGCGUGCCAUUGUACAGCUGGAGAACGAAGUGGCACAGAUGAAACAACAACAGGGCGACGAGAACAAAGAGAAUAUUCGACAGGAAUAUUAAACUAUGAAGCCAGUUCAACACCUUAAAACUGUUGCAGACUUUUGCUGAUCUUGGACUAGCAAUUGAUCACUCUACCAAAGUGUGACAUUGUUUUCUUUUUUUAAAUGAUUAUUUUGUUCUGUUUCUCAUGACGAAGAGGGAGUCGUCUUUAUACAAGGAAAACGGGCUACGGUGUUUUAGUGCAAACAGAUUAAAUGCUGGUGUAGCCCAGGUGUCAAUUCUGCAUCAAAAGACCGUUAAAGUCCAUUUAAACUCUGGAAACCAUCUUAGUAUGUUCAUUGAAUGCUUCGUUAAAGUUCAAUAUAGCUUUUUGCAAAGCUCUUGUGGUUGUUUUGCCAUUUCUAAAAAAAAUUGUUGUCUUUAAUGUGAUUACCUGACAGACCGUAAGGCAAUAUUUUUUGAUGUUCUUCUCUAAUUGUAAUAUUUUUUUUAAGAUACACAAUAAAAUGCUGAAAUAA